UCCAUUCUKAAAGUUUUGUCUUCGAUCAAGGUGAUCUCCUGCUACCGUACAACAAUCCAACUUCCUAAUCACCUCUAUAACACAAGAAAGAUAAUAACAACGAUGAGUAGCAUCGAGAGCGAAGAACCGAUGAAAAAACUGGCGAGGCUGUAAGUAAUACUUCCUUAGCGUAUUCAAAACCUACGGUACAUUUUGAGAUAUCGUGGAAAUAAAAUGGCGAAGUAUCAACUUUCGUUACUAUCUUUUUCUUGUUUAGUUCGAUAUCAUCACCACGAUCCCGAUUUGUAUCUUUCUGAUGACUUGCUUUCUUUGCGUCCAGGUUGAAAAAGGCAGCCUCAGAGUUGAUUGCUGAGGGAGAUCCUUGGGCCAAACACAAAAUGGAAAAGGUACCAGCUGAACGAGUCAUUCGGCAUAUGUACCAACCAGAUACUCAAACGUGGAAACAAGACCAGACCAUUGUUAAAAUGGAGAAGGAACCCUUUACAAACGGGGCAAUGCGCUUUUGCUAUCGGAUGAAAAAACGCUCACCUCCUCCGCAAUCUUCCUCCAAUCAUCGAUUUCAUGACUAUGGAUGGACCCGAGCUUCAAAUUUUGUUGCAAAAGCAUACCUCGACGAUAAAGGAGAGAUUGAUACAUCCGAAGAGGCGAAACAAAAUGUUCGAAAUGAUAUAUUGUUGCAGUAUGAGGCAUCCCAUUGGGCGUCGCGGUUCAAUGACAAAAGCCCUCCCAAAAGAAUCAUUUUUAUCCGUGCCUAUGCUAUCGAAUUCCCUGAUAGGGAAGGACAACCUUGGUUUGCGGUUGAACGAUUUAUAUUUGGAAAUGGUGUGUUUUCAAAACCAGUGCGCCUAGUAUCUAUCACUUUUUGUUAUUGGCUGUGGCUAAACUCUCACGAUCAAUAUUUUAUUCUUCUUUGGCGGACGUGACACAGAUAUGUAUGGAGCAGGGUUCACAAAACAUAAUACCAACUCCGGUUACGUCGAUGACGAUUUACGCCGAAUUACUCCACAGGUGUGUUCAUAUUUCUUGCAUGUCUCUCAAGAGAUAUUUUGAAUAUUUAUGCUGGUCAUCUUUUAGAGUUUGAUGAAAUGAAUCAUAAACUGUUACUUUUUCUGACUUAAUKAUGCAUUUUUCAUUCACGACUCUUUUCGAAUCCCUUGGCAUGAUGCAACGAUGAAACAAUGUCGAGACAGGUUUUUUCCGCAUUUUCAUUUUACGAGUCGGAAGGAAACCGUUUGGUAGCCGAUAUCCAAGGUGUCGGAAAUAUGUUCACGGAUCCACAGGUAUUGUCUAGCGAUUACCGUUUCGGAGACGGUGACCUCGGGCCUCGUGGGAUGGCUUUAUUUUUCAAAACCUUUCGUCACAACACAGUUGCAACUGCGAUGGGAAUUCCUGUGUUUCCUCUCUCGAAAAACGAACUCAAGCAUCAGUCAAAAUAUGAAGAAGAUGAAUAUUCGGCAUCGGAGGAUGAUCCUUCUCUUCUCGAUACUUUGAAAGGGUUGAAUCGUUUUGAAAAAAUGGAUAUCAAUAGGAGUCGGAGACAAUCGRUUUUACACAUGCCACCGAAAGCAAUCGUAUCGGAUGAUCUUCAGGCAACUGAAAGAAGAUCAAACAUGGUGAAACACGACAAACCCAAACCAGUGAAAGAUGUAAAGAAAUCUCAAAAUUUUGCUCGCCUGAAACGCACAACUUCUGAAGUUGAUGAGGUUCAAUUGUGUUUGAAUAUAGCCAAGGAAGAUUUUGAAUUUAACAUGAAGACUUAUCUUCGAAAUGAGAGUGGAGAACUCAUGCAAAAAGUUGAUCGGAGGAAGGGAUUGGCUAAAAGAUCAAGUCUUAUAAUUCGAUCAGUUUCAGCUCCGAUCGAAAUUUGCGACAGUACCAAGUUGAAUCUUGGUCGAGURCAUUACCAAUUAGCUAUUUUGCACGGCAUCGGACGAUUCCCAGAAAUUGUACCUUCAAAUGAUUCGGAAGAUGCACCGUCUCACGACGUAUUCUCGGUACUCUUUCAUCUUGCUCAUGCAGCCAGUCUACGAUGCGUUCCAGCGUGCCUGGCGCUCGGAAGAAUUCUUGCCGGGCUAGGAACAUCCGUGAGUGAUCUCUUGGAUUCUUUCGUCCCGGUUGAUUUCGAAGCCGCCAAGGAUCUGUUGAAACGUGCAAUGGAGUCAGAAUUCCCWCCCAAUGCRCCUAAGGUAGCAGCUGGUUGUGUUUUGUAUCAACUUUAUCUUGACGAAAUUUCAGUGGCUCGACAAGGGAUCAAGAACGAUACAGAGGACGACGGUCAGGAUCAACCUUUUACGAAGCAGUCAGUAGCAUCAGAUCUAGUCUUGAUCAAUCUACUAAAAGRAAUUUUGGAGCUUAUCGCAGCUCGUGACGAUGAACGCGAAUCAAAUCGCCAAUUCAAAGAUCGCAAAGCGACCAGUACGCAUACUUUCCGAGUGGGUGACAAAGUUCAGGGGGAUUAUUGCUUAGAAGGAAACUACUAUCCUGGAGUUGUGGACUCGGUAUCGGAAGAUGGCACAAUGGUUAAYGUCACAUAUGAUGACGAUGGAACAACUGAAUCUUUACCAAAAGAGCAUGUGCGAAUGAUUAUCCCUCCCACUGCCACUCAAACCGAAUCGGGAGGACCUCUUACGGAUGAAGAGGCCGGCUUUGGGAUAGGUGGYGAUGAAACGGUUACAAUUGCAACCUAUCAAUUAAGAGCAGAUCUUGCAGAGUUAUUGGCAAGCUCGGGUGAUAAGAUACAAGCGUCCGAAUUGUACGAGGAAGCUGCACGYGAAGCAAUAGAAGCAAAAAAGAUGAAAAUAGCUUCUGAGUGGAGUUUGAAGGCAGCUGAAUUAUUGGAUUAGAUCCACCACACAGUUUCCGAUUUUAUGUCUGAUUKUAUUUCUUGUUUCAUAAUGACUGCGUGUUUUUUGCCCUCUGURCCAAUGUCCAGUAAGUAAUAUUUGUAAAUAUGAAAUCUACGUUAUUCUCUUAUUAAAAUACAGGUUCGUCCAGAAUAAAUGCAUUUUUUCUAGCUACCCUUCCGAGGACGAUUAUGAUAAUAUAGUAUGAAAGAAACGACUAAAUGGACUUUCAUCCAAAUCGUUUUUGAUCAAGAGAAGCCAAUCGUUCUUCUGUACCCAGAAGAGCCGGUCGCACAUAACCUUCUUCUCCUUCCGCAUCGGUCAGGUGAUCAAAUACAUCAACUUGAAUCAAUACAUCCCUUAAAGCUUCUGCCUUAGCGAUUAUAUCUGUCUCUUCCUGUGUAGGUUCUCUCUUUUCGCGACGUAAUGACGACGCAAUUUUGUCGGCUUCAACGCAAAGUGGGAGUGCUCGCAUCAGAUCAGAAGGUUGGUGGAUAUGACCUUCUGGGGCCAUGUAAACAUGUUCACUAAACAGGUCACGAAGUCCUGACGGAGUUGUCAAGAGCCGAGAUACUUCUUUUGUCAAAUCGUCGUUAGGAGCAUUGUAAGGUCGAGUUAUGCUUCCGAGAGGGAAGCAGCCCAUUUUCAUAACAACACUGGCAACAGUUCCAAGCGGACCUGGGAAAUUGUCAGAGGCCUCUUUAAGAGCAUCCUGGGCAUCCUUUUCYAAACGAAGCAUAGCGUGUUCUGUAAUUGCCUCGAGACCGUCUACUCCGCGAUUGCGAGAAUAGUGAUGUAGCGUGGAAUAUCCAAGGAAKAUAGCCCCCAUAGCAUCAGCAAGACGCCCCAUYAAAAGUUCUUCAAAUUUGAGACGUCCRCCUAGGGUGAAGCACAAGUCAGCAGUCAAAGCAAAAUUUGCUGACAAACGCAAGAGCUGCUUUUCGUGGUGAGCUAGUAGCUUGUCUCCGUCCCUAAAUUCCUUUUUCGAGCGAGUCAUGGAUGAAAUGGUUGAACCGACACCACGAGUGACUGAUCGGACAAAGUUGGUGGCGCCGUGGUUCACAACCUUGUAGAAUUGAGAAGUGAAUGUCUUGAUUGCUUUAUCUUCUUCUUCUAUUGGAGCUUGCAAUGAGUAUAUGAGUUCUAGCAUGUGUGGAUGGCAACGCGUCAAUCCCUGUCCAAUGAUUUGGAAGCUACGUGUCAUAAUGUUCGCCCCUUCGACAGUGAUUGCAAUCGGUAAACUCAUAUACGCAUUACCCAUAAAAUUAUUGUUGCCGCGACAAAUUGCAGCUCCACCAGCAAUAUCCAUUCCAUGUUCGACAAUUCUGCGACCGCGUUCCGUACAAUUUUGCUUCAUAAUGGAAGAGACCACCAUCGGGGCUUCAUGAUUGUCMACAAUGGCGUUCAUCAAGUCUGUCCCGGCGAUGGUUAUAAGAGCAUCGCUUCCUGCUUGUGAAAGAGCUUCUUGGAUACCUCCAAAUUCGGCAAUUGGCACCCUAAAUUGUUUGCGAACUCUCGAAUAUGCCCCAAUAGCACUGACAACUGUGCGUCCACACCCAGCUGAACCGGCUGGCAGACUGACACCUCGUCCUUCGGCCAAGCACUCUACGAACAUAUGCCAGCCGAAACCACAACGUUCCUGACCUCCCAAAAUAUUGCUCAUAGGGAUCCAUACAUUGUCUCCCUCGACYGUACCAUUCAUGAAAGCAGCAUUCAACGGCAUGUGUCGUUUUCCCAUUUCCAAGCCUGGGUGGUCACGUCUUGUAAAUGAUGAACGAAAAUAACGGGUGGUGAGUUUGAAGAUUUCAAUGAAUGAGAUGGCGUAAUUGGAAAACGACAUGAAAAAAUCUGAAACACAGCUCAAUAUUUUGAGCACGACAAAUCAAUAUACUUACUCGAGGAGUGCAACUGUAAAGCCUUCUGUUCCUUUUCCCUCCAGUAGACCCUGGGGAUCACUCAGGUUCAGCCCGAGUCCGAUGACACCAGCUACUGGUGCAAGAGUAAUGUAUCGUUUUUURAAGGAGGCUACCACACCCAAUUCGCCGUUUCUUUCUUCGACGACACAGUCACUCUGAAUGAGUGAKGUGGCGUCACUACCGGAGUGCGGACCCGUCAAUCCAAAGCAUGGAAUAAGAGUGCCGUCGGCCAACCGAGGCAAAAAAUAUUCCUUUUGGUCRUCAGUUCCGUAUCGUGCUAGCAACUCGCCAGGGCCGAGAGAGUUCGGCACGGCAACGGUGGCAUUGGCAUCGAAUGAUUGGGUAGAAAGCUUGCAAAGAAUGAGAGACACGGCGUGGGUAGAAAAGCCUUUGCCACCCCACUCUUUGGGAAUCUUUAGAGCGAAGAACCCUUCGUCUCUCAUGUAGUCCCAGCAUUCCUUGUUAAAAUCUUUCUCCAUCGAAACAUCGUGGUCGUUGAGAAGUUCACAAAGAGUAUUGACCUCGUUGUCGAGGAAAGCCUGCUCUUCGUCAGUGAGCUUUGGAUCAUAUGUAUCUACCAAGUGUUGCAAAGAAGGAUUUCCGGUAAAGAUGUCGCGGUCAAAGCCAAUGGUGCCGCAACCAAGUGCAACUUGCUCUGUUUGCGAGAUUGGAGGCAUCACACCUUUUGCCAUCCUGUAAAGACGUUUGUCGAGUGCUUUGGAAAUACCAAGGAUUGUUCGACGUUGUGCAGCAUUCUGUCUCAUGUGGUCGGAAAUUGUGGGGCUGAUAGCACGUAUAAGCUUCCUUGAAUGUCCCAUGGCAAUAGCGGACCGACGACUUGUAGUU